CCAUGCCCACACCCCUUUAAGAGACGUGGUGAUGCGACGUGUGUCACCCAACCCUGUCCGAGAAGCUGCUGAGAGGAGGAGAGUCUGGAUGGACUUGUAGACAGGUCAAAUAAAUAAACAAACCACAGGGGGAAGGGGAAAAGGAAAUUCCCUCCUCGCUUUUCCUGUUCCCGAGCCUCUUGCGCUGCGCAGUGUUGGCGACGGGAAGCGGUGCGCAAUUUUCUAUCGCUCUGAGGAAAGGACCACAGCCUGAAACGGCAUUUCCGAGCCGAGACUGACGGAUCAAAGAGGACAGAAAAGCCGCAAUCUGACGACCUGCUUUGCACUGCGGGUUCUUCAUUUAUUCAAAAGCUUUUUUUUUUAAUGCAACGACGAAGCGAGGAAAGGGGGCCAAAACCGGCGUUCCCCUCCAACAGGGAUAUUUGACCGACCUAUGCAGCGCUGAUUUAUAUACCUUAUUUUUCAGAAACACUGUUCUACGAUUAGACGAGUCUAUUCCAUUGCUGGCUUAUUAAAAAAAUAAUAAUUUCACCGGGUUGAGAAAGUAGCUUUCGUCGCCAGCUUGUUACAUAACCGAGUGGCUUUAGCUCUCCAAGGUGCUGAACUGAACGCUCGGAGCCUAUAACAGGACGAGCCGCCGGGAAUUCACAACCUUGCGUCGCAGGCCUAUAUCAUCUAGGAGAGGGACGCACUCAUCUCACUGAACCGCAGGGAAGAAGCUGGGUUGUAUUCGUAUUUUUCCCCCCUCCCCCUCACCGUCCUGUGGUGAAAAAAUUCCUGAGGAGGUCGAAACAACUAGGAGAAAAUGUCGGGGCAAACGCUCACGGAUCGCAUUGCCGCUGCGCAGUACCAGCUAACGGGAUCGGAUAUGGCCCGGGCUGUCUGCAAAGCCACCACUCACGAAGUGAUGGCGCCCAAGAAAAAGCACCUGGAAUACCUGGUGUCAGCCACCAAUACCACCAACGUGAACAUCCCUCAGAUGGCUGACACACUGUUUGAGCGAUCCACCAACGCCAGCUGGGUGGUCGUCUUCAAGGCCCUCGUCACCACACACCACAUGUGUGUCUAUGGCAAUGAGAGGUUCAUUCAGUACUUGGCAUCCAGGACAUCCUUGUUCAACCUCAGCAACUUUAUUGACAAAACUGGAUCUCAUGGCUAUGACAUGUCUACAUUCAUCAGGCGGUAUGGACGAUACCUGAAUGAGAAAGCCUUUGCUUACCGCCAGAUGGCAUUUGACUUCACCAGAGUCAAGAAAGGCGCUGAUGGAGUGAUGAGAACCAUGACCACUGAGAAGCUGCUGAAAGGCAUGCCUGUUCUGCAGACACAGAUUGACACACUCCUGGAGUUUGAUGUUCAUCCCAAGGAGCUGAACAAUGGGAUCAUCAAUGCUGCAUUUCUGCUUCUCUUCAAGGACUUGGUGAAACUGUUUGCAUCCUACAAUGAUGGGAUCAUCAACCUAUUAGAGAAAUUCUUCAAAAUGAAGAAGAGUGAAUGCAAGGAGGCCUUGGAGAUCUACAAGCGUUUCCUGACCAGGGUGACAAAGAUUGGAGAAUUCAUGAAGCUGGCUGAGACAGUUGGAGUUGACAAAAAUGACAUUCCCGACAUCAACUAUGCUCCCAGCAGUAUCCUAGAAUCUCUGGAAACCCACAUGAAUGGCCUGGAGGAUACAAAAGGUGGAAAGAAGGGUGAAGGGUCUCCAACAAAGGGAUCUCCUACAAACAAUGUGUCUCCAACGUCAACUCCAGCCAAAUCUUCAAAUGCUGUUCCCACAUUGCAGCCUCCUCCUGGGGACAGUGCUGCCAGUGCUGCUGCUUCAGCUGCUCCUGAACCGGCCGAAGAUUCAUUGCUAGAUCUGGAUCCACUGGCCUCUACUGGCCCUUCAGCACCAUCAGCUGCCCCCACAUCUUGGGGAGAUCUUCUUGGAUCAGAAAUGGGCGAUUCCUUGCUAUCUGAACCCACCCUCGCAGCUGAGCCCACCCCCUCCCUUGCAGCGGCAUCGCCCACUCCUGCAGCAGCAGAACCCGGAGUCUCUCUAGCUCCUCCCACUAGCACAGCAGCCGCCACCUCCCCUGGCGCCGCCAAUGUGGAUCUGUUGGGAGAAGCCUUUGCAACUCCUGCUCCUGCCGCUGAGGCCUCCGCAGGAGCAGCUGAAGGUGGGGCUGCUGCUACAUCCACCCCAGCUGCCAACGCUGGAACUGAGCCCACAGGAGGAGAUGCCCCAGCUGCUGCUGCUGCCCCUGCUCCUGUUGCCCCCGGUGCUGAACUGAUGUCAGUAUUUGAUGGCCUAGGGGAUGUAAUGAAGCCCACAGUGACUCCCCAGGCUGGGGAUGUUGACACCUCUAUGGCUAACAUGGCAAGUAAUCUCACAAUGGGAACUCCAGCGGCCCCUCAGGUAGCUCCCCCAAGUUGGGGUGCUCCCAUGGCCGGAGCACCAGCUGGAGCUCCCAUGAUGCCAAUGGCGAGACCAGGCUUCCCAGCCGCUGGGGUGACCCCAGGAGCACCGAUGUCUCCUGGAAUGGCCCAGAGCCCCAGGAAGCCUCCACCACCCAGGAACGCUCUGGAUGACCUCAAUAUUAAGGACUUCAUGUAGACUGACUGAUCCAGAAACCCCCAAGGUUUGUCAUCGUGUCUGGAGCUCUGUGGAUGUGGAUGUCUGCACCCCCUCCCCCCCUUUUCUCAGCCCCUUCAGCCAUCAACUCUUCGAUCUUUGCCCCCCCCCCCACCCCCCAC